GUAAAGGUAAAAAAAAAAAAAGUGCAAAUAAAUGCUUUCUUAAGCUCAAAAUAUUAAAAGUCUUAAUCGAAAUCGCUAGUUGUUUCAAGCUAAUUGCUAUGUGUGUAUUUCCUUAAUUUUUAAUUGUAUUAUAACUUGAUAACAAUAUAAAAAAGCAAAAAUCCAUUUAAAUAAAUAAUACAAUUAUAAUGUGCACAGAGACUUAACAAAGUUAAACAAAAUUAAACCAUAUUGAUAAAUUAUUGGCUUGAGGACUUGUUUUCAUCCUUUUGAAAGCAUACUGGGAACAAAUGUAAGUUUAUAAAUGAGUUAUCUAAUUUGUGUGCUUUUUAUCACAAGAAGACCUUUAUUUAAUUUAAACGUAUUCCCAGUGUGAGGAACUGUAUCGUGUCUCGCCGUUUCACAUCAGACAUACUAGCGCGCAGCCAUCUUGACAUCUUUGUCUUUUAACUUCCGGUGUAGUGUCGGUGUACAAGUGUUGUGGAUUAUAAGGUUGCCGAGUUGACAAAAGUCAUCAUGAGUAGUUUAAUGUGUUCUGUCAGUGGAUGCCAUAACAACUGGAAGAAGAGAAGGGAGAUUUUGCAGCAGGAGUGCUAUAUUCAUAAGUCCAGGAGAUCCGAGUGUUGUGGAGCGCCGUACAGUUUGCAUCCACCUCCGAAGGAAGAAGACAGUUUGCGGUUGUGGCUCAAAGCGCUCAACUUAAAAAAACCACCAAAGCGUCCGUAUGUGUGCUCCUUCCACUUCGUAGACGGGAGACCAACGGAGAAACAUCCCUUCCCGGAGAAAUGGUUGGGUUAUGAUGUUCCAGUAAAGACACCGCGUCGAGCACUUAAGAGGCUGCCUUCAGAUGAGUUGCCAUCAACCAGUUAUGCCGUGAAGCUCGAAGAAGACAUUCCAUGCUCUAAAAAGGAUGCCCAAACUCAGUGGGAGGAUCCAUCUCUUAAAGAUCAUGACUAUGCAGGAGAAUUCCAGGUCAAGCCCCUAACAUCUGACAAGGGCAUCCAGUGUGCCACCCCAAUGUACAAGACCCUGUUGAGGAGUGACAACCUUUGUCAGCUCCAUACUGGCUUGUCACUGGAUGUUUUCUACCGUGUGGCUGAGCUCCUAGUCCCAUUGUGCAACAACAACUUCCAGCAAGACCCCAGAGACCAGCUCCUAAUGGUGCUUAUGAAGCUGAGACUUAAUCUCCUGCAGGAGUACCUGGCAGAAAAGUUUCAGGUGUCUCAAACGACAGUUUCAAGAACUCUCAGUUAUUGGAUUGAUCUAAUGGAGGAAAACAUGAAAGACUACAUCCCUUGGCUGCCCAAUGAAACCAUAAAAGCUAGAAUGCCAGAAUGUUUCAAAGAACAUUACCCCAACACAACAUGUAUAAUUGACUGCUCUGAGACACCAUUGCAAAAGGCCAAAAACCCUGCCUCCAGAGGGGAAUCAUACAGUCAUCAUUAUGGGCAGAAUACAAUCAAAUAUUUACUGGCAAUUGCACCUUGCGGAUUAGUCAUGUUCAUCUCGCCGGCCUAUGGUGGUGGGUGUAGUGACACAUUUAUUACACAGAAGUCAGGUUUCUUGGACUACCUCCAUGAUGGCGAUGAAGUCAUGGCAGACCGCGGAUUCACAAUUCAGGAUCUUCUGAAUGCAAGAAAUGUGAAGCUCACAAGACCAUCCUUCACCAAAAAAGGCUCUCAGCUGUCGGAUGAAGACACAACCAGCACAAGGCGCAUUGCCAAUGUCAGUUUCCAUAUUGAACGGGUAAUUUGUCGAUUGAAGCAUUUCAAAAUCCUCUCCCAGACGGUACCAAUCAACCUCACCCCUAAAAUGGACAAAAUAUUGAGAAUAUGUGCUGCCCUCUGCAACCUCCGCCAUGACAUUUUUGAUGAGUCUGAAAUUGCUGUUUGCAACAAGUGAACGUUGUUCAGUAGUUCUUUUGUAAACAGUUCUCAAUUCACACUGUGAUGACUUGCUGCAAUUACUGUGCAUAUUAUAAAUAAACCAGCAUGAUUUACUUUAAAUUCAACAGAUAUACAAACAAGUCAUUCAUUUAUCUGCACAGAAAUGGCAGCAAGUCACUGUUAAAGGGAUAGUUCACCCAAAAAUGAAAAUUCUCUCAUCAUUUACUCAUGACAUCCCAGAUGUGUAUGACUUUCUUCUGCUGAACACAAAUGAAGAUUUUUAGAAGAAUAUCUCAGCUCUGUAGGUCCAUACAAUGCAAGUGCAUGGUGAUCAGAACUUUGAAGCUCCAAAAAUCACAUAAAGGCAGCAUAAAAGUAAUCCAUAUGACUCCAGUGGUUUAAUCCAUGACCAGCGAUCCAGGUGGUUUUGCAUGAGAACAGACCAAAAUGUAACUCCUUUUUCACUGUACAUCUUGCCAUAGCAGUCUCUAGGCACGAUCAGGUUUUCAAGCUUGAUUACACUUCCUAGUGCUUGACGCACAUGCAGAGUGCUAGAUGGCGCUAUAGGAAGUGUAAUCGAGCUUGAAAUCAAGAUAGCCAAGGAGGCUGCUGUCAAGAUGUACUGUGAAAAAGAAGUUAUAUUUUGGUCGGUUCUCACGCAAAACCAACUGGAUGGCUUCAGAAGACAUGAAUUAAACCACUGGAGUCAUAUGGAUUACAUUUAUGUUGCCUUUAUGUGAUUUUUGGAGCUCCAUUCACUUGCAUUGUAUGGUCUUACAGAGCUGAGAUAUUCUUCUGAAAAUCUUUAUUUGUGUUCAGCAGAAGAAAGAAAGUCAUACACAUCUUGGAUGGCAUGAGGGUGAGUAAAUGAUGAGAGAAUUUUCAUUUUUGGGUGAACUAUCGCUUUAAGAAAUGUUACAAAAUAACAUAAUUAAAUGGACAAAAUAUGUGAAGUACUAUGCAACCGCCACCAUGACAUAAGAUGUCAUUAAUUAGUCUUGACAUGUACAAUUGGUAAAUAAAUGAUAAAUGUAAUUAAAUUUUGUUGCAUGUAACAUUACAAUAAAUUCAACAGAUAGA